AUGUGCUGUCGCCGUCUCUGGUUUUCCCAUUGCAAGUCUCGCGCUGGUGCCUUCACCCACUGUGUUGUUCGCAUUAUCGAAGAAGGAAGUAAAGCUGCGGCUGUGGACAAGCUACUGGCUGGAGAUGAGAUUGUAGGCAUCAAUGACAUUGGCCUUUCAGGGUUCAGACAGGAAGCGAUUUGCCUGGUGAAAGGGUCCCAUAAGACCCUCAAGCUGGUGGUCAAAAGGAGGAAUGAAUCGAGCUGGAGGCCUCACUCCUGGCAUGCCACCAAGUUCUCCGAUGGCCAUCCUGAACCUGCAGCUUCGCAGUUCCCUGGUGCCAGUGGCUGCCCUUCCUGGCAUGCCCAGCACCACGCAAGUUCUUCUUCUCAUGACCUGUCCAGCUCUUGGGAGCAGACGAGCCUGCAACGCACUUCUGACCACUUCAGCUCCCUGGGAAGCAUGGAUAGUUUGGACCACCCCUCCCAGCCCUACCCAUCUGGGCGCCUCUCAGCGGCCAAAUCCAACAGCAGCAUUGACCAUCUGGGCAGCCACAGCAAACGGGAUUCUGCAUAUGGCUCCUUCUCCACCAGCUCCAGCACCCCUGACCAUACCUUGCCCAAGGCUGAUGCCUCCUCCACUGAGAAUAUCCUCUACAAGGUGCACCUCUGGGAAGCCUCCCGGCCAGACGGUAGCCACCAGGGUCAGGUUGCAAGUGACCUGCAAAGCAUGGAGGACAGACCCCUACCGCGGGUCUCCAGGGAUAACAGUAAAAGCCCCAGGCCAGAGGACAAUGCUGAGCCCAAGCUGGUCCCUUCUGGGAGAUCAAGUUUUGGGCCAGUCUGGUAUGUUCCUGACAAGAAAAAGGCUCCUUCAUCGCCUCCUCCCCCUCCUCCUCCUCUGCGCAGAGAUAGCUUUGCUGCCACGAAGGGCCAGGAGAAGGCACAGAGCCUCCCAUUCUCAGAGGCGGCCACUACCCAGCACUUUAAGGCUUUGACUCGGCUGCAGCCCCGUGGGGACUGGAGAGUGGACCCGGCAGAUCGACCUCGAAGGCUGGUGUGCCCUGGCAGUGGAAAGGAAACCCGGGGCUCUACCUAUGUGCCGGAGGGCCAUCUGGAUACUGGUGUGCAGGGAUCUGACCAUAAGUCAGGCAACCCCCUGGGGGCGCCCGGCAGGCUCCACACUUCCCUGUCCAGCAUUGAUGUGCGCUUCCUGCAGCCUCACCAAGGGGGCCACCAUUCACGCCACUGCAGCGACGAGAGCUCCAGGGCCCCCGCCUUGCACAGGGCCCCCCAGCACCUGCCCUUCCCUGGAGGCCGGCAGGAGCUUCUUAACGCGUGCUGCCAGGACCCAAGUCCCCCUCAGGUGAAGUGGUCCAGUGCCACCCACCAGAAGGCUGAUGGGCAGAGCUAUUACUACUGUGUACCUGCCAGGCAGCCUGGACAAGGGGGCCCCCAGGGGGCUCAGCUCCGGGGAGAUUACUGGCAAUUGAAUGUUGGCCUUGAAAAUCCUUCCAUGCAACCCAUGGUCCACAGUGCACGAUGCCACCUACCUCAGCGUGAAGGGGCCCUGAAUGCCUAUGACACACGACCAUGUCACCCACUAGCUGGAGGGACUGAGGGCAGUUUCUUGGGCAUCCAGGAGCCUGCAGGUGCUGGCCAUGUGGAUAAAGCCAGUCUGCAGAAAAUGAGUGAGGGCUUCAAAUGGGUGGAUGGGUCAGGCACGAGGAUCUCUCGCCAGAGGACACCCAUGCUGCAUUCCCUGACCCAAGAGAGGGCCCACCAGCCGGGGAACUGCCAGGAUGGCAUCGAGAAACCACCACCGUUCGAUGCCCAGGGAGGAAAACCCACACGCAGGAGCGACCGGUUUGCCACCACGCUGAGGAAUGAGAUCCAGAUGCGUAGAGCAAAGCUGCAAAAAAGCAAGAGUACAGUGGCCCUGGCUGGAGCCAGUGAGGCUGAGGAAGAUGCUGGCAUCUGGAGGGACAAGGCUGGGGCUGCUCCAGAAGGUUCCUUCACCAGUACCUACAAAGACCACCUGAAAGAGGCUCAAGCACGUGUCCUCCGGGCUACCUCCUUCAAGCGCCGGGACUUAGACCCCUGCCCAGCAGACCAGUCUCCAAGUUCAUCAGAACACAGGGCUGGGGAUCACAGUUCCUCAUCCUCCUAUUCUGGGGAACCAGACUCUGUCCCCCACUUCUGGGAGGCAGGCCUGGCCAAGCCGUCCUCAUCUGGAGGUGGCAUGCCUCACAUUUCCCGAAUUGGAGGCCGGAAACGCUUCACCAUGGAACAGAAACUGAAGUCUUACUCUGAGCCAGAGAAAAUGAAUGAAGUGGGGCUCUCAGGGGCCCGCAGUCCCCGCACAGGCCACGGAGCGCAUGAGGACACCAUAGGGACUUUUGCCGACAGGUGGAAGUUUUUUGAAGAGACAAGCAAACUGGUUCUUCAGAGGCCAGGCCGGCGACAAGCGCCUGGUGGGCUCCCAAGAGAGAAGGCAGAGAGGCCCAAGACAGCAGGCCAUGGCUGGGAGCGUGGGGAAUCUUGGUUCGAGAAAAGGUCCCGUGCCACCUCCUUUGGGGAGAUCCUCAAUGGUCAUGAAAAAUCGGAAAAGGCAAGGCAAUGUGACCCACCGCAGAGGCUUGGAACCUUUGCAGAGUAUCAAGCCUCUUGGAAGGAGCAGAGGAAGCCCCUGGAAGGCAGAAGUUCUGGGCGGUAUCAUUCGGCGGACGACAUUCUAGAUGUGGGGUUGGAUCAACACCAAAAGCCGCAGUACCUUCAUGAACGGUCCCGCUCCUCUCCGUCCACAGAGCACUAUUCCCAGGAAGCAUCUGUGGAACCACGGAGGCAGGCAGAGGAUUCUGGGGAGCACAGAGAAGCACUUUCCUCUGCGGUGCAUGCCAAGGACGGAUGUUCCACUCGGAGACAAGCAGAUGCCCAGAGUCUGGAAGUGAGUCCGGAAACAGCCCAGGACUCACGAGAUGAGAACCCACAGACCCUAGCCACAUCAUCUGAAUCAUCUCCUCCUUGGGGAGCCCCAGCACUGCCCCAGGAGGGCCGGAGCCGAUCAGGAACUUUACCUAGAGAUUAUAGGUAUUCGGAGGAGAACACGCCAGCUGACUUGAGACCCCAAGCCAAGGGCACCCUUUCACCCCCACAUGGUCAGGGACAAGACUCGUGGCCGCUGAGAACAGCUCUGCUCCCCAAGAAGCCCCCCCCACAGAGGCCUCCCCCACCCAAGCGCGAACUCAGGAAGUACCGGGGCCCAGACAGCGCCCCUGCAGACACUCGCCUGGCCGCCCCUGGCAAGCCCUGCCCAACACCACCUUCUGCGUCCCUAGGUGCAAGCGUGCCCUGCCCGUCUCUUUCCCACAGUCCCUCUGUGUUCAGCAGUGUCCAUCCCCAAGACAGCCAGCAUGUGAAUGUGGACACCUGCUGUCCUCAGUCACAAGUGCCGCAGACUUCCAAGUUCCAGCCUCCGCAGUCAUCCACCAUGGAGACCUCUCGCUCCCCCUCUCCGCAGUUCGCCCCACAGAAGCUGACAGACAAGCCUCCCUUGCUUAUCCAGGAUGAUAAUUCAACAAGAAUUGAGCGGGUGAUCCACAACAACACCACUGUGAAGAUGGUGCCCAUCAAGAUCGUGCAUUCGGAGAGCCAGCCAGAGAAGGAGAGCCGCCAGAGCCUGGCACGCCCGGCUGAGCUGCCCUCCCUGCCUAGUGGGCUGGAGAGAGACCAGAUCAAGACACUGAGCACAUCGGAGGAAUGCUACUCCCGUUUCUGUGUGUACACACGGCACAGCGCCGAGACCGAGAUCCCAGCCAAAGCCCAGCCUCCUGAGCCACGGUCCCCAAACACUCCCACAUCUUCUGUGAAGGAUGGUAGCACCUCCUCUCCAGGGUUCAGCUACGUGAAGGCCAAGGAGAAGACAAUGGAAGAUCUGAAGUCAGAGGAGCUGGCCAGGGAGAUUGUGGGAAAGGAUAAGUCCCUGGCUGAUAUCCUGGACCCCAGCGUGAAGAUCAGAACCACCAUGGAUCUGAUGGAGGGAAUCUUCCCCAAAGAUGAACAUCUCCUGGAGGAAGCUCAACAGCGGAGGAAACUGCUCCCCAAAAUCCCCUCACCCAGAACUACAGAGGACAAGAAAGAGGAGCCAAAUGUGCCCGUGGUCGUGUCCCUGGCCACCAAUUCCACAUACUACAGUACAUCAGCCCCCAAGGCAGAGCUGCUGAUCAAGAUGAAGGACCUACAAGGGCAGCAGGAGCCUGAGGACUACGUGGGGACUGACCUGGAUCAUGACCUGUCAGUGAAGAAGCAGGAGCUCAUUGACAGCAUCAGCCGGAAGCUGCAGGUGCUCCGGGAGGCCCGAGAGAGUCUGCUGGAGGACAUCCAGGCCAACAAUGCACUCGGAGAUGAGGUGGAGGCCAUCGUGAAAGAUGUCUGCAAACCCAAUGAGUUUGACAAGUUCCGGAUGUUCAUCGGGGACCUGGACAAAGUGGUGAACCUCCUGCUGUCACUGUCAGGCCGCCUGGCCCGAGUGGAGAACGCUCUCAAUAAUUUGGACGACAGUCCAUCUCCUGGAGAUCGGCAGUCCCUACUGGAGAAGCAGCGCAUCCUUACCCAGCAGCACGAGGACGCCAAAGAGCUCAAGGAGAACCUGGACCGGCGGGAGCGCAUUGUGUUUGACAUCCUCGCCAGCUACCUUAGCGAGGAAAGUCUGGCCGACUACGAGCACUUCGUGAAGAUGAAGUCUGCUCUCAUCAUUGAGCAGCGGGAGCUAGAAGACAAAAUCCACCUGGGCGAAGAGCAGCUGAAAUGCUUGUUUGACAGCCUGCAACCUGAGAGGGGCAAAUGACAGCCCCAUUGCGGCAGAGGGCAGGCACGAGGCCUUGAGGCUGGGGGCCAGAGUGCAAGUGAGGACCCCAGCCCACAUUAAUCUCCUCGAGAGAGUUCUCUCCAGGAGCAAAGUGGCUGAUAGAAAAGCAAUAACAUCUGUGUUUGUCUGGGAUAACUAUUUAAUGUGUUUAGUUUCCUUUGGAAUACUGAGAAUGCUACAUGACUACCACAGGGCACUGAGCGGUGCUGACUGGCAAGACCCCCUGUGGCAGUCCAGGGCUGUGCCCUGAGGGGCACACUCAAAGUGGUCCGUUUUCAACACCAGGGCUGCAUAUCCUCCUGUGUCCCUAAGGUACACGACAGGGGAGACCCUGGUGCACAUCUCCCCAUGAUUCAUCUGGGCACAGGUGGCCAUGUGUUGUCUUUGCUUGUUCAACAGUGAGCAUUGGUUGUCUGUAUCAUGUAAUGUUCUGUGAUCCAGCAAAAUCAUGAGGGUGAUGAUGAUGACUAUUUAUUAACAUGUGGAAAUGGUUUCAUGAUGGUUCAAAACCAACUGUGAAAUGAAUAGUCUACACGUUGGGUGCACUCAUUCUAAGCUUCAAAUUGCCAUUGAAAGAAAUCAUGUGCAUGCUUUACAACACACACAAAACAAAUAGCUGUAGUCCUCAUCAGAGUUGAAAUGGUGGCUUUCCAGCCAAGUAAAUUUACUCGGUUAAAAGUGUGUCCAGUAAUAGUGUGCUUGUUAGCUAUUUCUUGCCUGAGACCAAUGAAAUAUUUCUUAAGUUA